AUGGAAAGACAUCAGAAUCACAUGCAUGCGUUUAGUUUUGGAAGGGCAGGGGAAAAUCACGGCAAUAGAUACUAUAUGACAAACAAUAUAUGCGAUAAGACAACACUCGACAGCAUACCUAGGAAGGUGCAGAACGUAUAUCUCAAACCUGAUUCUCUAAUCGUAUAUUAAUUGCCGCUAUAGGUACCAUCUACAGUUUAGUGGAGAUGGCCAAUAAUUCAGGACACAAUGGUGUCGUACCUGGGUCUGUCAAAUCUGAACCUGUCGAGACACAAUUUAUGCUCGGCGACAAUGCCGUGAGCCACUAUGUGUGCUGGUGGAAGGACUGCCUGCGCAUAUUCAUGACUUCCGAGGAUUUAGUAGGGCACGUACAGGGACAUGCAGGGAAGUGGCCGUAUGUGUGCCACUGGCAAGAGUGCGAUGCCAACUAUGGGAAUAUGAGAUCACUGGAAGCACACAUCAUCUUCCGACACACAAACAACACGCAGGCAUUGCCGAGCGCUUUCCCAGCCGCAUUCCCUCGCGCAUAUCCAUGUCCGGAGUGUGAUGGGAUCUUCCCCAAUCAGAUUGCGCUCACCAAGCACGCGCAGUUGCACAAGCUGGUGAAGGUAGAGGUACAGCACCACGAUCCUGUGGAUAUGUACUCACGACGCAUGCCUGUUGUCAAUGAUAACACGCGUGAAGGCACGCGAUACACGACGAAUUGGUUAGAUCAUUCGCUCGAGGGUGGAGAGGGAUAUUCUGACAGCGAGGAUGAAGAUGCGACGCGGACUAAGGCUACAGUGGUAAAGGAAGUGACUUCGAAUACGAGUAAGAAGUCACGGAGGAAUGGUCAAUACGCAGAAGUAGCGAGUAUGAAUGGAGCAGGUGCCAAUGCACAUCACAAAAAGUCUAAGAAAUCUCAUGAAGUGGUAGAUAAAGAUCAUCAACCAUCCACGAAGAGUGCUAGUAGUGCGAUUACUAGUACGGGCACAAGUAAGAAGGUCCGCAGAGAGAAGGAUCAGGCUGAGCAUCAGCAAGUGGUACGUCACACUGCAGUGCACAAGUGCAUAACGUGUUGGUCCGAAUUCCCAAGUGAACAAUAUCUGAAGCUGCACAUACGGGGAAUGCACAAGAAGUCGGAUAAGCUUUAUCCCUGCACAUACGAACAUUGCACUAUGGGCUUCAAUCAGUCUUCGAAGCUAAUACCCCAUUUGGGUUUGCACGAUGCGAAACUUAUAGAUGAGUUCGGAAAACGCAUAGGAGCAGAGCAGAGCAGCACUAAUGUGUCGAAGACUAACACUAUCAGAAAACCGGCGAGGGAGGGUAGGACUAAACGUUCGAAAACAAGCACAGAUAGCACGGCUAUUGCGCGUAAGAGUAAGAAGGCGAAGGCUUUGCCACGAGAAUACGACGGUUACGAUUCAGAUCCGCCGGAGUUAUGUAUGUGUGAAAUUAAAGGGUGCUGCAAAACGUUUAAAACGGAAAAGGGUCUCCAGAUCCAUUACGGUAUGGUGCAUGGAGGGAUGCGCACUAUUACUACACAGGGACACACACGUAAGAGUGUACGCACUACAAAGCCAGCCAAAUCAACUCCACAAUGCAUUGAAGCGUAUGAACCACCGGGGAGUGAAGAUAGAUACCCCUCCGAUAUUCAGACGAAUAUACCCAGUCGGAGAGAUAGGAAGAUUGCUUUGGAGAAGCAAGCGCAAAUAGGGCGUGAGGACGAGAGAGGGCAAUUUAGUAAACAUUUAGUCACCGCACCACGUGUAGGCAAGCAGCCGCAGGAUAGCUCGAAGAAGGACGGUGGUAGGGAACAGAGAGAAGUAAGCACAUAUGUAAACAAAAUACCUGAACACAUCUGCGAAGAAUGUGGCGAGGCAUUCUACAAGGACGACAUCCUGCGAAUGCACAUGCGCAUGCAUCUAAAGGACACUAAGCUGUACGAGUGUCUGUACAAAGCUGACGGGUGCACCCACUCUUAUGACACAUCCAAGGAGCUCUUUCGACAUCUCGCCACACACUGCCCAGAGCAGAUCAUUGACAUAAGUUCAGACAGUGACUCUUCUCCGCGCCUCAUAGCCCGCACAACGCAGACUCCUGGUUCUAAGAAGUCUCGAAAUAGUCAAAGAGCAAUAGCAAGGAGGAAGGCAACAAGCUCUAGUGCGAACGACAUAGCUUCUGCGGGCCAGCGAAGCUAUCGAGGACGCAAUCGUUGAGUGCAUCAACACGUCGACGAAGGAGAGGUAGAAAGUGGAAGCGAAUCGCGGGCUUCACGGUUCGAGGUUUUGCAGAUGAAAUACACUAUACUCGAAACUUGAGCAUGGCAGACGUCAUAGAACGCAGCCGUUUAUUUUGAGAAGUAGUCAU